UCCGCGAAGAACCAUAGUAUCAAAGGCCAAAACCUCUCAAAACUCUCAAUAAAGCUCACUGUGCUCCACUCAUUUCUCGAUGAUUUAAUUCAUACACAUACUUCUCUUUGAUGGCUCUCGUCCCUCCCCGUCAAUUCUGUCCAUCAACGUUUCAUGGGAACCGCUUCAAUUUCUUCAGGAAAUCGAGCAGUUCAGCUCCUGCCAGAGGCAAGCCCGUGUCUUUAUUUAAUCCCAGCUUAAGCUUUAGUAGCAGCAACAGUUGGUUAGAUAAAUGGAAGGAAACCAACAAGCAAAACAGCCCCAAAUUGCCUCAAGCUGUGAUGAAUUACAGAAAUAGCGGUGACACUGGCGGCGGCGGGGGGUCCACAAUGCAGAGGAUUGUGGAGAAAUUGAAGAAAUUUGGUUACAUGGAUGAUGGUUAUGAGAGGAGAGAGAGGCUGCCAGAAAGAGUAGUGGAGAAAGGAUCUGUGGAGGAUAUCUUUUAUGUGGAGGAAGGAUUGCUGCCGAACGCACGAGGCGGGUUUUCGGCAGAGUCGAGAAUCGGGGAAGCAAAUGUGAUGGGGGAGAGCAGUGGAGCAAGGUUUCCGUGGGAGAAACGGAAAGGGAAGGGGGAGGACGAGGAGUGGUCGGCGACAAGUAAGAGCAAGACCUCAGUGGCGGAAUUGACGCUUCCGGAGCCGGAGCUGAGGAGGUUGAGGAACUUGACUUUUCAGAUGAAGAGCAAGAUGAGGAUUGGUGGAGGCGGUGUUACGCAGGCGGUCGUGGACACGAUUCAGGAGAGGUGGAAGACCUCGGAGAUCGUGAGGCUGAAAAUUGAGGGUGCAGCUGCGCUUAACAUGAAGAGGACACACGAGAUAUUGGAGAGGAAAACUGGUGGUCUAGUGGUUUGGAGGUCUGGAACGUCCAUUUCGUUGUACAGGGGUGUGAGCUACAGAGACCCUUCGGUGCAACUAAAUAAACGAAUAUAUAUAAAAGAAGGAAGCUCAGCUACUUCAUCAGCACCUGCUGAUACAGUUAGUAGGGAGCCUUCCCAAUACGGAAGCGGUGAGGAUGCACGGGCAUCUGAUAUUGCAUCUGAGAAUAAGAACACAGAGUCAACGCCAGAAGUUGAAUAUGAGCAUGAAAUGGAUGAAUUGCUAGAUAGCCUGGGUCCCAGGUACAGAGACUGGCCAGGAUGUGAACCCUUGCCUGUGGAUGCAGACAUGUUGCCUGGAACUGUUCCUGGUUAUCAACCUCCUUUCAGAAUCCUUCCAUAUGGAGUAAGAGCAACGCUUAGCCAAAAGGAGGCAACGGCUUUGAGAAGGCUUGCUAGAGUACUUCCUCCACAUUUUGCUUUAGGAAGAAGCAGGCAGCUCCAAGGUUUGGCUGUGGCCAUGAUCAAGCUAUGGGAAGAAAGUUCAAUUGCGAAGAUUGCACUUAAACGUGGUGUACAGCUUACCACUAGUGAGAGGAUGGCGGAAGAUCUUAAGAAAUUGACAGGGGGAGUACUGCUUUCGAGAAACAAGGACUUCUUGGUCUUCUAUCGGGGUAAAAAUUUUCUCUCGCCAGAAGUGACUGAAGCAUUGUUGGAAAGGGAAAGACUGGCAAAGUCCCUUCAAGAUAAGGAGGAGCAGGCUCGCUUGAGGGCGUCAGCCUUGGUUGUUCCAACCAAUCAUACGUAUGAGCAGCCUGAAAGUACCGGUACACUUACGGAGACUCUUGAUGCCAGUAGAAAGUGGGGAAAGAAGUUGGAUGGACAGCACAAAGAAAAAAUAAUGAUGGAAGCAAAAAUAACAAGGCAUGCAAGCCUUGUCAGGAAGCUUGAAAGAAAGCUCAAUUUUGCUGAGAAAAGGCUAUUUCGAGCCGAAAGAGCUUUGUCAAAGGUUGAGGAGUUCCUGAAACCGGCAGAACAGAGAGCAGACCCAGAAAGCAUAUCUGAUGAAGAGAGAUUCAUGUUCCGCAAGCUUGGCUUAAGGAUGAAAGCAUUUUUGCUUCUUGGAAGACGGGGAGUUUUUGAUGGUACAGUGGAGAACAUGCACUUGCAUUGGAAGUAUCGAGAGCUGGUGAAGAUCAUGGUGAAGGCAAAGACCUUUGACCAUGUUAAGAAAAUAGCUUUGGCUCUUGAAGCCGAGAGUGGUGGGAUCUUGGUUUCUGUAGACAAAGUCUCCAAAGGGUACGCCAUUGUGGUGUUUCGCGGAAAGGAUUAUAAGCGGCCUUCCACCUUGAGGCCGAAGAAUCUUUUAACAAAGAGGAAGGCUCUGGCUCGUUCUAUCGAGCUUCAAAGACGUGAGGCACUCCAAAACCACGUGACUAAUCUGCAGAAAAAGGUGGAGCUACUUCAAUCUGAAAUAGAACAAAUGGACCGCAUGAAAGAGAAAGGCGACAGCGCUUUUUAUGACCGAUUAGAUUCUACUUACCCCAGUGAUGAGGAGGACAGGGAGGAGGAAGGAGAUGAGGCAUAUCUGGGGAUGUAUAAUAGCGGAAAUGAUGGUGACGAAGAACACAGCAAUCUGAGUUAUGAACUGCUCUCAGAAGUGGAUUUUUCAGAUAACGAAGAGAAUGAGGAGUCUGAACCAGAUUCAGAAGACCUGACUGCACGUGCUUAUGGAGUGUCGAGCACCACCGAGCAUGCCGCCAAUCAUGAGAACUAGAUUGGUUGUAGUUGGUCCUAGUUGCAGAACUGCGCAGAAAAACGAACUUCAAGCAUUUUCCGGCAUAACGUCGAAUGCUUGGAUGAGCUUAUACAGCUUAAGCUCGCAUGAGAGAAGCAUGAUAACGAUGGAAGCAUGCGCUGGUGGGUACAAUUUCGCAGGUGCAAGACACCUUCUCCAUCUCAUGUACGGAAGGCGUGGGGUUGAACAUGGUAAGGUUUUGUAGAGGCUGACCAUUGUUCGACAAUUUUAUCAGACGAGGCACUGCCAUGCAAUGUGUGAUUCUCAACCUUUCCAGCACGAUAUCGCGCUUGCUACACUGCGGCCGAAGCGAAAGAUGACCCCAACAGUCGGAAGUCCGAACGCGACGGGCAUCUAAAGUUCUCAGCGAGAUCACGGCUCAUUUGCGGAACGAUAGUUUUUCUGUAUUUUUCUUCUUUUUCCACUUUGUUGGCACCAUCUUGGAAAAUAUCGCCGAUGAUAUCAACAUUCGGAGGACCCAAAUGGGGAUUAUAUUUAUCUGCUUUGUGUCGUCUUCUGUUGAAGGAUGUGUUCUGUAUCUCCUGUUGACUUUGCUUCCAAGCUUUGACUAGAACUUUUGGACAAGCUCCUGCAAUCAGCAGAAGAUUAAGGUC